ACGGCCGAGCAAUGCUGUGCGGUCCGCCGUGGCUGGUCGUGGCGCGGCCGAAUAGCAGCGUUGCGCGCCGCUUCCUGACUCACGCUUCACGAGUCCUUUUCCUGUUGUACAGCUUUGUGCAUCGCGUCCUGCUGCCCCUGGGAAUUCAUGGAUUAGCCACGUGGAACGAAUCGGAAGCUUGGACGCAAGUGAAUUUUGUGAUUCUGGGGGGCUCCCAAAACUUUGCGGACGAAAGGUGCGUGUACGACCGGUGCUCCUCUCUGCGGGACGCGUUCUUCAGAAAAAUCCACGAUAGUUGGAAAUCGACAUUCUUCUGGUCUAACUUGACGAGUUUCGAUGAGUUUGAUCGAAUGUUCGUAAGUGUAAACUCAAGAGCUUCCCGCGAACGCACGCCGUGGUGAAGUCACUCGAUCAUCCUUACCAAGAGCCAUCAUGAUGAAGACCACCAUCAUGAUUCCCUCUCUGAUGUUUAUACUGAUCCUCGCGUCGAUCGCCGAAUCGGCCAACGACUGCAACGACCCGAAUUUUCACUCUCUGGAGACGUCGGAAUCGUCCAGGCUGGAGUGUGGUCCAGCUUUCAGGAAUCGCUGUCGCUGUCUCAGGACAUGCUACGAUGGCCAUCAUCAGUACGUGGUGAACUGCACGAACACCGGCUUCCACGACACGUCCCCGCUGGCGCAUCUUCCUAACGAAACGCAAGUGCUCAUCUUCACCGGGAACGAUCUGGAGGAGCUGCCGUGGAACGUGUUCGGCAACCUGGAUAAUUUGCCGUACCUCAGGGUGAUCGACAUGUCGAACAACAAGAUACGUGAGAUCCGCGGCAAGGCCUACCAUCACGUGCAGCACGUGGAGCGCCUCAUCCUCGACUUCAACGAGCUCUCUUUAGACCCCGCGAGGAGUCAUCCACGGGUAUUCUCGAAUUUCGUUUCCCUCCUGGAGCUGCACUUGACUGACGCCUUCGAGGAUGGUCCCCCUAGGAAUCUUGCGUCCACGCUUCACGAUAUCUUUGUGAACAGCAAUCUGACGCAAUUGAUAAAGCUCCAUUUGGAGCAAAACGAGAUCUCGGAGUUCCGGGACGUCAAUGUCUUCUGCGAUCUGCCUAAUCUCUUGGAUCUUUAUCUCGGCGACAACGCGCUGAGUGCAUUGCACUUCAAUCUUUCGUGUUUGCACAACUUGCGCUUCUUGGAUCUGCGACGGAACAAGUUCACGAGGGUGCUCGAGCGCGACCUGCACACCAUGGACAAUCUCGCUAAGCACAAUCAGUCCGUGAACGUGGACUUCUCCGGCAAUCCGUUCGAGUGCUCGUGCAAGCUCAAUCCGUUCAUCAAGUGGAUGAAAAAGACGAAGGUGUUCGUUCGAAAUAAAGCCAGCUUGCAGUGUUACCAAGGAAACGUAAGUCGCGACUUCCACGAGACGAAGAAUUGUGCGAAGCUGUUGGCUUCCACUCACCGGGCCACAACAGCGAUGCUCUGCUUCCUCUCGAUAAUAUUAGUCAUCUUGGUAUGCACCCUGGUCUACCUGCAAAGGAGGAAGCUGAAGAAGAAGAUCGAGCCGGUACUCGACUCGGUCAACAAGAGAGUGCGAUAUACCUCUAUAGCAACUGGUGAUAACCGCGAGGAUCAUCAAACGCAACGCAAACAGUAACAGAAGAAAAUGUCGCUCGUCGAGCGACUGCGUCUUGAUGAAGUAGUCACUUCAUUUCCGGAGCUCGGACCGACAGCUCCAGAUGGUGGCUACUCGUGGUUCGUGUUCUUCGGUAUCAUUUUCAUUCAGAUAACCGUGCCCAGCAUCUUGUCGAUGUAUGGUGUAGUACUGGGGUACCUAGCCAGGAACAGUGCACCUCUUUACCUUACUUCGCUCUACUUUGACUUGUGGAGCGAGAAGAUCACUCUGACGCCGAUCCUGUUCGUCGCUUUUUGGUGUCUGGCAGAUCCAUGGACCAAAACGGUCACGGACUUGGCAUCGAUGCCGCGACUGGUCGGCCUCAUCGGCGUGGUCCUCCUCAGCACAGGCGUGAUCGCUUCCGGAUACCUGGCGACCGGUGGCGUGGGCGCGUAUCUUGCCAGUUUGAGCGCCGGGGCGGUGAUGGGCAUAGGGGCGAGUUUCGUGAUCGUGGCAAGCGAGAGUGUGCUGCGGAAGCACUUCCGGGUGAGACUCCCGUUGGUGCUGACGUUGAAGAACAUCGCUGCCUCCGUCGGCUUCACCAUCGUGCCGGCACUCACGCACUUUUUAUUGGCUGCGACCGGCCUGAAGACCGGGCUGCUGCUGAUGACAGUAGCUUUUAUUCCUACCGCUUUAGGCACGCUGACUCUGCGCUCCCCGCCUCCGCAGCGAGCGUCGCCUUACAGAUUGCUUUUGCCGACCGAGGAAGAUAACGAACUGGGCAUCAGGCUAUCGGACAGAGAAACGGAAUCGGAGCGGCGGAAUAACGGCGUGGACAACGUCGGCUACGACAGCAGUGAUAAGCAGGAGAGAAAUCCCGUGCCCCUGUUCAGCGAGGUCAACAGCAUCUACGCGUACCAGGACGCAGACGAGGACGUCGAGCUCUUCGUCAGUCCAAUCCUGCAAGCGAGCAAUAAGUGGAAACAGGAGCUUCGCGUGAUUCAGUACUUCCGGUUUUGGGCGGCCGUGGUCACGUGGAUCGGCCUGAGAGCCGGUACCCUCUUCUUCUGGAUAUUAAUACCCGUCCUGUUUUUGGAACGAGCGGAAAUCGGUUAUCAAUCGGACGAUUGGGCGACGUUGUUGGUAAUUGCUGGCGUCGGUUCUUUUGUGCCCAGUGUUGCUAGCCGCUGGUCGAUCACCACCAAUGCUGAACACAGAAAAAUAUAUUUCGGUAUCGCCUGCUGGCUCAGCGGCGGCAUUUUAAUAGGUCUAACUUAUGCAAAUACCUAUUAUUUGUUCCUGACAUGUUCACUAAUCGGCGGCGCCUGCCUCAACAGUCUGCUUACCUGUCAAGACUUGGCGCUCUGCGACGUGCUGGGAAAUCAGUUCGCGUAUUACUCGCGGAGGUUGUUCUCCAGCUUCGUCGGAUUGGGAAUGCUGACCUUCUCCUUCGUGCGAAAUCAGAACGCGUGCCUUACUGCGGCUGCGUUGCUGCUAUUCGUUGGUGGAUUUUACUGCGUCGUGCUGACUAUGUGGAACAUUGUACAAGCGUGGAGGCGCAGAGAAACUUAAUCUGGUUGUACAGAAAUUACAAUAAGACGUCACGCUUUUUUAUCAUAGUAGAAGUGUUCGUAGAAUAUGUGAUAAAAGAUAUAACGAUCAAUGUAACGCGAUGUUUCCAAAUAGUCUCUAGUUUUUAAAUAGAGUAAAAAAAUACUCUUACAAGAUGAUAUCUUGAGCAUAGAUAUGCGCUCCGUAUAAUAUAAAUUGCACAUUGUCAGAAUUAUAAAAGUUCGUAUUACAUUACUUUUAUAUUUAUAUAUUGUUUAACAUUUUAAAUAAUGUCAUGCAACCAACUACAAGCUUUGGCAUUUUAUUUAAGUUAAAUGAGGAAGGAUAGAUAAAGAAUAAAUAUUUUUACGUUUAA